AUGGGAACAAAACAGCUGGCUGAUGGAAGAAGUUUUUCAGUUGUGCCGUAUUUGAAACUUUCGUAUCCACACGAUGGAGUUGAAAAGGGUUCAGUACGAACACAUUCAAGUAGCCGCGUGAUUUUCCUUGAUGAGAAUGGGGAUAAAAUUACAGAAGGGGACAAAGAAGUACCUUCUUUAAAGGAACAAGGUCAGAGAACCUCAAAGGAAGCAAAGGCAAGAAGAGGUAGUGCUUUGUUGGUUAAAAGACGAAGUGUAUCGCUGGACGCAGCGAAUUUCAUGGCAUAUUAUGUGAACAGGAGAAACAGUAGCCUACGUCGAGACCACUUCUUACGAUCGUUUGGUAAAACAACUCUCCGGUAUCCAAACUUAAACGACGAAGAUAUCGAGGGAGAUGUUUUUAAUGGGAAAGCUGCUCCACCGUACAUAGAAGAUAGAGAAACGCCUUUAAACGAGUCCGUAAAGUCUUUCCUAAGAAGAACUGCAUCUGCCAGCCCUGUCUUAGUUCGUCCAGCUUCAAGCAAGAAACCCUGCUCUUCUACCCCGGUAAAAAAUUUGCUCGAACUCAGAGGUUCUACAUAUAACGGGGAACCCUCUUGCAGUGAUUUAACGGCAAAGAUACGAAAGCAAUCGGCAAAGAGACGAAUCAAGCGCAUUAUGGAAGCAGAGAAAGAAAAAGCAGAGAGAGAAAAAGCGGAGGAAGAACUGAGAUUGAAAGAGCAGGAGAAAAAGAAGAAAAAGAAGACUUUUCGAGGCGCAGCUCUUGCACUCAUGGUAACGAACGUUUCCGCUGCAGGAUUCAACUUUAAAUCUUUCUCAGAAAAGAAAAAAUGGCUCGCUGAGAAGAGGUUGUGGACCAGACAAAUAGUAAGUGUAAUUUAUCUGCCCCUCCACCACCCCCCUAUCUUUCAUUGUAGCAUGGCUUCAUUGAAUGCUAUCCAACCGUAGCAUUCAAGAUAACAAGUCUAAAAAGGAUAGCUAAGAUAUCCGAGGAUUGUAACAAGAAAUUAUUGGCCUGAAAACUAUUUAAGAACGUUGAUAAAUUAUAGUUUGCCAAAUGGUAAAAGCGUGAAAGAGGUAUGAAUAAACUACAAUGUUACAAGAAUGGUUGACAAUGGAAGACUGACACGGAUUGCACUUGAAAUGUAGACUUUGUUCUACAUUUGCAAUCCGGAGAAAAAUACUUUCUUCUUUUAUAAUUUAAUAUUUGAAAAUUCCGGGGAAAAUAUUUAAUAUGUAUAUGCCUUGAUUUUGCUAUAGAAAAUUGUGUCUGCUGAAGAUUGAUACAGACAUCAGGCAAAUGCUAUCCGGCGAAAUUAGAGAAAAUGUAAAAAAUAAUCAUUUCUUGCGAUGGAAUGCUUUUAUGCAGUAAAUUAUUGUUUAUAAUCAUUUUUAUAGGCGAGUACUAAAUUCCGUUGGGCCGUUCGCGUGGUUGUGGUUCUCGGCCGUGUAUUAAAGGCAUUAGUAUCCUACUCCACCGUUAUGGUACCAGAGACUGCAGCUCAGAGGUCCUUUCGUACCCUGCGUGAUAAUUCAGAAGUCAAGGAAAUGUUAUUUAACAAAUCUUUGUAUCAAAGGGGAAAAUCGGUAAGGUGACUCAUUUAUUUUUCUCUCAACAUGAUCGUUUGAUUAAAUUCAGCUGUUGGAUGUUGAAUUCUUCCAAUAUUGCAAUUUCCAAAUAAAGGCUAUGUUUGCCUCGCAAAGGUGGAGGGUACAAAAUAACUUUAAUAGAGUGUAAAAGCACAGAACUUUGGCUGAUUCGUCAGUGACUUUAGCUAUCAGUUGAACUAAAAUAUCGUUAGGUCCAAGGCUUCCAGAGAAAUUGACUACGUUCUCUAUGGACAUCUUUGCAGUCAUCUUAUUGAUAGGUUAUUUCAAUUGAAAGAUGAGGUGGCCGACGAGUCUACCUUGGUAGAUUAAUGAUAAUAACUUUAUUUAUCCUGAUUAAAGACCGGUCAGUCAAUCAAUAGUGAUUGACUGGUAUCAAUCGGUGACCAGAAAAUAUACAUAAAAGUCGAUAAAAAAAAUAUAAAGCAUGCAGUUUACAAUUGAAUAAUAAAAUAUAUUUAAGAAUUAUUAAAUAAAAUCUACGUUUAACUUGUACAAAUGUGAUUGGAGCUGUCCAUGUGCAUUAGGUAAGUAAAUGUUUUGCCCUAAAACUGUGCAAGCGUUGUGAAAUCACGUAUAUCUCUUGGCAGUUUGUUCCAGGCACUCGCAGCUGAGAACUUAAACGAGGUCUGUCCACAUUUAGUCUCAACUUGUGGUAGAUCUAAUAAUGUUGGAUCUCUGAAGGAUCGACAAUGUCUUUGUGAUCGUUUCAUUGAGUACCCUGUCAACUACUUAGGGCAGUUAAUGUUGUUAAUGGCGUAAGUCGGUCGUGAUUGGUCGGUUUCGAUCCUGUCGGUAAAGCUAGGUCGAUCUCUUCUGUAUGUUUGAAAUGUUAAUGUCGUGAAAAAAUCGCUUGUAUGGUGCCGGCAGUACUUGACAGUACUUUAGGGGCGUGACAUCUUAUUUAGUUCACCAGCUUUCCAGAGUCAGUCGUUGAAAGUAGUUAGUGCUAUAGGUUAGGCAUUGCGAAGAGUCCUAGUGAAUAAUGUGGUGCGUAAGUCGAUAAUCUUCAGCGAUGUGAUUAUUGACAUCACCUUUCCCGCCCGCUUGUGCUCAGUUAGUCUUGUUGUGAGGUUUCUGUCAGUCUCUCCGAAAGAAUGGAUGCUUGGCAGUCGAAGAAAAUGAUCUUAUAAACCGCACCUUUGGUCGGUUUCGAUCCUUUGGCGAGGUGAGGUCGUUCUGUAUGGUUCGUUUGUAAUGUUCAUGUGAUGGGUAUAGUGCCGGUAGUAGUUGACAGCUGUUGAGGGGAGUUUCUUCUAAGUUAGUAAACCAGCUUUCCAGAGUCAUUUGUCGAAACGUCUGGUUGUCGAAACGUCAGUCAGCGCUACUGAUAACAGUCCUUUUCAGGAUAACACUCGCCCGGACGAUCAGACUACACUAUCACAAGCUUUCUGUUAGCAAAUGAAAAACCAACUAUCUUAUUUCCAGAUCUGGGCAAAAGAACACCUGUAGCAAUGUUUGAUCGUUUGAAAAUAGAUCAACGUUGACAAUCGAUUUCAAAUUCGAUUGUUGUGUUAGUACCUCCCGCACUUUUAAGUUUCACUUUCAUUUGCUAUUUACGUUAGUAUCUAGCCCACUUUUAGGAUUCUCCUUCAUUUUAUUGUUACAUUAGUGCCUUAAAAAAUUUAAGGAUUGUUCAACAUUUGAUUUUAAUGUUGGUAUCUUGUGCACUUUAAGGAUUCUCUUUCAUACGAUUGUUACUUAAGUGUCUCUCACACUUUUGGGAUUUUAUUUCAUUUGAUUGUUGCAGUGGUAUCUUUCUCACUUUUAGGAUUCCCUUUCAUUCGAUUGUUGCGGUAUUAUCCCGCGCACUUUCAGGAUUCUCUUUCAUACAAUUGUUACGUUAGUAUCUCGCGGACUUUUACGAUUCUCUUUCAUGCGAUUGUUACGCUAGUAUCUCCUAAACUUUAGGAUUGUCUUGCAUUGGAUUAUUACGUUAUUGCUUGCGGACUUUUAGGAUCCUCUUUUAUUGGAAUGUCACGUUAGAUUAACGCGCUUUUUUAGGAUUCUCUUUCAUUGAAAAUUUUUUCGUCAAUAUCUCGUGCGCUCUAAGUACUCUCUUUCAUCGAUUGUUUCGUAAUUAUCUGGUGAAUUUUUAAGAUUUUCUAUCCUCGAUUAUGCGUCAUGUCAUAUCUCACAUACUUAAAGAUUUUCUUUUAUUUGGCUGUUAUGUUUGUUGCCAGCGAAUUUCUGGCUUUUUGAUUCAUUCGAUUGUUAGUUUGUAUUCGCGAACUUUUAGGAUUCUAUUGAAUUUGAUUGUUACUUUACUUUAACUAUUCUCCUUCAUCGAUGGUUAGUAUCUUACACACUUUUAUAGGAUGCUUUCAUUGAUUUGUUUUUUAUCACGUGCACCUUUUAGGAUUCUCUUUCACUCGAUUUUUACAUUAUUAUCUCCCGCACUUUUAAUUUUCACUUUCAUUUGCCCAAUCCUAGGAUUCACUUUCAUCCCGUCGUUACGUUAGUAUCUCCCGAACUUUUAGGAUUGUCCUACAUUUGAUUGUUACGUUGGUAUCUCGUGCACUUUUAGGAUUAACCUCACUUGUUGGUAUGUUUGUUGCUCUUGAACUUUUAGGAUUCUCUUUCACUGAGUUGUUACUUCAGUAUCUCGCACAUUUUUUAGCAUUUACUUUCAUUUGAUUGUUCCGUUGGUAUCUUUUGCACGUUCAGGAUUUUCUUUGCGUUAAUAUUUCGAGUAGGUUAUAGAUUAUCUUUCAUUUGAUUGUUACCUUAGUAUCUAGCGCACUUUUAGGACUAUCUUUCAUUCAGUUUGAUUGUUACCUUAGUAUCUCGCGCACCCUAGGAUUAUCUUUCAUUCGAUUAUUACGUUAUUAUCUUGCCCACUUUAAUGAUGCUCUUUUUUAUCGCUUGGGACAUUAAUAUUACUCGUAUUUUAACGAUUCUCCUCGUGCACGUUUAGGAUUCUCUUUUUUAUUUGAUUAUUACGCUAACAUCUUACGCACGUUUCAAGUUUAGGAUUUUCUUUCAUCUGUUGUCAUGCUGGUAUCUUGGACACUUUAAGGAUUCACCUUUUUUCGAUUGUUGCAUUAGUAUCACCUGCAUUCAUAGUUACUGCCCAGCCUUUUUAUCGUUAUGUUAGGAUCUCGGUCACGUUAGUUUUCCUGCACUUUUAAUAUUGGUCUCUCGUGCACUUUUAGGAUUUUCUUUCAUUCGGUUUUUCCGUUAGUAUCUUGCCCAUGCACUUUUAGGAUUCUCUUUCCCUCGAUUGUUAUGUUGGUGUUUCGCGCACUUUUAAGAUUUUCUUUCAUUUGGUUGCCAUUUUAGUUGCUCGCGCACUAUUUCAUUCGAUUGUCACAUUCAUAUUUCGCUUAUUCUUUCAUCGAUUGUUUCGUUAGCAUCUUGUCCACAUUAGAGAUUGCUUUCAUCGUUUGUGACAUAAAUAUCGAGUGCACUUUAAUAUUCGUUGGUAUCUUGCGUAGUUUUAGGUUUCUCUUUCAUCCGUGUGUUACCUUAGUAUCGCGUGAAGGUUUUCGAUUCUGUUUCAUUCCAUUGUUGUGUUUGUAUCUCGCCCAUUUUUUGAGAUUUUCUCUCUUAUUCGAUUGUUACGUCAGGAUCUCGUCUAUUUUAAGGAUUCUCUGUACUGGAUUGUUUCUUCAGUAGCUCGUGCCUUUUGAGGAUUCAUUUUUAUGGAUUCUUUGGUCAGUAUCUCGCGUUUCAAGGAUUUUCCUUCAUCGAUUGCUUCAUUUAAACCUCGCGCACUUUUAAGAUAUUCUUUAGAUUGUUUGUUAAUAUAUUGUGCACUUUUAGGAUUCACUUUUAUCGCUUAUUUUUUUAGUAUCUCGUGUAAUUUUAGGAUUUUUUUUCAUUUGAUUGUUAUCUAAGUUGCUCGCGAACUACUAGUUCUCAAUUUUCAUUUCAUCGUCUUUUAGUAUCUCAGUUACUUUUAGAAUUUUCUUUCGUCGGUCUUUCCCAUAGUGUCUUUCGAACCGUUGGGGUUCUUUUUCUUUCGACUGUUACGUUAGUGUUACACGUAUUUUCCUUACUGUCCUUCAUUUGGCUUGCUAUUUUAGUACCUCACGCACUUAUAGGAUUCUAUUUCUUCUGGUUAUGUUAGUGCCUCCUUCAUUAUCAAGAAUAUCUUCCAUUUGAUUUUUUGCGUUAGUAUCUCGCAAAUUUUUGGGAUUUUCGUUGGUGGUUCUCCCAUUUUUAGGAUUUUUCUCAUCUGUUUUCGAUUUUCACGUUAAUAUCUCGUGCAUAUUAAGGCUUCUCUGUCAUCCAUUUUUUCGUCAGUAUCUCGCGAAUUUUUAGAAUUCUUUUUUAUAGAAUUAUGCGUUUGUGCGUCGCCCAGUUGUAGGAUCCUCUCUCAUCGACCAUUACGUCGCAGCUUUUGGAUUUUCUUUCAUUGACUCUUACGUUAGUGUGUCCUGAAAUUUUUUAGUAUUUUCUUUAAGCGAUUGUGCGGUCAGUAUCUUGUGCAUUUUAGGUACUCUCUUUCGUCGAUUUUUUUUGAUAUCUCGCGCACUUCAUAGAUGGCCUCUUUGAGUAUCUCUGGCAAUGUUAGGAUUUUCUUCCGUAUUGUAUCUCGCACAUUUUUAGGAUCAUCUUCCAUCAAUUGUGAUGUUGAUGUCUUGCGCAUAUUUAGGAUUCCCUUUCCUCAAUUGUUUCGCUAGUAUUUCGUGCAGUUUUAGGAUUCUCUUUCAUCGAUUGUUACGUUGCACUUGUAGGAUUUUCUUACCUCAAAUUGUUACGUCAGUAUCUCCUUACGUUUUAACAUUCUUUUUCAUCUAUUGUCACGCGCACUUUUAGGACUUUGUUAUUUGUGAUGGUUACGUUAGUAUGUCGCCCAGUCUUUGGAAAUUUUUCGUAUUUAUUGUUAUGUUUGUAUCGCGCUUUAUAAGGAAUGCGUUACAUUUGAUUGUUACGGUAGUAAAGCGUGCACUUUUAUGAUUCGUAUAUACGCAGUUACCUGGUAAAUCGACAGAACUGUUUCACAAACUCUUUCUUUGUGCCCAAUUUUAUCCGCUAUGUUUUACAAUAAUUGGUUCAUGCUUUUAGCCAUGCGUAUAUCAAAAAUGGUCAUGAAUGCACUUGGGAAGUUUGGAGAACACUCAAGACCUUAAAGGUGUUCUCGGCUGCGUCUCGGGUAACUCUCCGCUUCUCUCGUGCUCUCCAAACUUCCCACCUGCAUCCACAGCUCGAUAUACGUACGCUAAGCAUGGAUCAAUUCUCGAGUAACUCAGGAAAAAGUAAAACAAUGCUACAAGAAACAAGAAAAAUUAUAAUAAUAAACGUGUGAAUAAAUAAGAAUAAAACUAAAAGAAAAGAGAUAAAUCUAAGUCUUUUACUGUAAGUAAAACAGAAUGAUAAUGUUGUAAUUCGUAUUUUCUGUAAUAGAUCAUAGAUGACAUCAAAAUGCGGUAAGAACGAAAAAAGAAUAAAAGGGGCACACGAAGCGCUGUUACUAAUGUUUUCACGCACUUUGGCAUCUUUUGUAAUAUAAUACUGUUAAGACCCACGGCAAUAUAAAAUCUAAUUGUUAAAAAAUAAAAUCUAAUUGUUAAAAAAAAAAAAACAAAAUGUUUUUUAUAGUGACGUCAUCUUUGCUCUUGUUCUUUAAAACAUCAUAAGUAAGAACCAAUCAAAAUGCGUGUAUCAAAGGGGUAAGUUUUUAAAGAAAGUGAGGUGCUGCUUGGGUGGGGGAGUAUAACAGGUUAAGAACCAAUCAAAGAGCGUGUAUCAAGGGGGUUAGUUUCUAAAGAAAGGGUGGUGCUGUGCCAGCGGGGGAGUAUAACAAGAACAUUUUGGUUUCAUCAUCAGAUAACAAAGGGCUAUCGCUGAUACAUUUUAGGGCCUGUUUACAUGGAGGUGGGAGACCCUAGGUAGGUGAGGUAACCCACCUAGCCGUGGUCGAAAAAUAAAACGCGUUUACAUGCAAUCUUACAACCCCGGGGUGCUGAGGUGAGGUUUCUUGAGGUUGUUGUUGUGCUUGCAAUUAAGGACUUUGAGCAGAGGCAUCCCAAGCUCACAUCUCGACAAAGACGAAAGAUUAAUUCUCAAACACAUAUGAAUUUAUUCAUGAAAGCGUCACGCGGUGUGUUACGCGGUAUUUGGUUUCGCGACGAACCGUUGACUUAAUACGUUAUACGGAAUAGUUUGGGGAAACAAAUAUGGUCGAUUUACAACGCUAAAUAUUCCGAAAUGUGAACAUUUUACACUCCGCGUGUGUCUGUUGCGGUUUCUGGUGAUUUCUGCCGCGAGACGGCUAGGAAAUGUACAAAGUUUUGAAACAUACAUGUUUCGCUUUUAAGCUUUUUGCCAUGAACGCGACCCCGGCUGGGCGGGUUACCCCACCUUGACACGUUUACAUGGGAAAUUGUCACCCCGGCUGAUAGGGUUACCCUACCUGCCAGACCGGGCAACCCGCCUAGGCGGGUCACCCCACCUAUCAUGUAAACGUAAUCAAAAUAAAAUAAGAAAUUAUAUGGACAGGCGGGUUACCUCACCUACCUGGGGUCCCCCACCUCCAUGUAAACAGGCCCUUAGUAGGAGGAUGUAAAAAUAGGUGCUGUCAAAUUUUCAAAUUCUCUGUACCGCGUUACCCAUGAAAUGUCGCUUUCCGAUGCAGAGGUGAUUUUUGUGUUGUGCAUCUAAAGUAAAAUGUAUAUGCCUUAAGCAAUGACCUUCGACCAACUUAAUUCAUUCCUUUCAAUUUUUUUUCUUUUUUGUCAAACAAGGUCAACUUUUUCCAAAUAUUCCAGGUGUUAGUUUUGCACCGAUGUAAGUUUAAGGAGUUUGUAUUUUUGAUAAUGCGAUACCUUAUUGCGGGCUGAAACUUUGCUUGUGAACUGUAAGUUUUGGGAUGUUUAUCAUUUGGCUUAAAACUCGGGAAUUUUGGUUUGAAGUCACAUGAUGAGAUAAUUUUGGGGAAAUGCUGUUCGGAAAUUUUUUAGUACCUUCCGAGGUACUCUUCUAUUUUCGUUCAGAACAGAAUAACGGAAAAUUUCUAUCAUUUGAAUAACUCCUCCAUUUCCAGGCUUUUUCUUAAAAAUGGUAAGAACCCUCUGUGUCUAAGUUCUAUUAACAACUGACCCGAUGAGUGAUUUGACAAUUAUUGGACCGAACUCAGCUGUCUAUUGGGUAAUUUUCCGACAUAUCAGAUGAAAAGUCUGAGAAAUCUAAUUGUAUUCUCGAACUAUUUACAUUUCGAACGUCUUCCAUAUAGCAAUAUGCUUAUGUACCUGAGUGGGCCAAGCGGAUAUUGACGAAAUCUGCCAUGGAAAGAUCUGAGAAUGAACUGAGUCAACUCCACUCCAUGCUCAAGGGCCUCACAUCUUAUGACAAGUUCACCUACCGCAUCCAACUCGCCAUGUGCAGGGCUAUGACAUACCUUAAGUAAGUCAGAAGACCUCGACAAGUGAUCUUGAAUACUAUUGACACUUUUUGACCCAUUUUUACUUCACUUUAAAAAAGAAAAGUUUCCACACGAAUUGUCAGCAGAGGAAUCAAAGAACACACAUGGUAGAGUACUUAUAACCAGAAAAAAAUUAAAAACCUAAAGUCCAGUGAUAGAGCACCAUUCUAUCACUAUGUGCCUUAAUGUUACGGAAAGAGUGCUUAACUCUUAUGGUUGUGAACAUGUUGUCACGAGGCUUCCUUAAAUUUACCUUUGGUUUUGAAUUUCAAUAUUGUUCAGAAUGUUGCAGCAACUGUUAAAAUUAAUUUGAUAAGUGGGAGGAGAGAAUUGAGAAAAUGCGGAGAAUUAUUUAAAAAAACUGCUUCCAUUGCACCGUUUAACGGCAAUCGAUAUUUUGUUUUUCAGAGUGGAGCACCCCCGGGUAGUGUUGCGCAAAGGACAUGUUGGUGUCUGUUUUUACUUCAUCUUUUCCGGUUCCGUGUUUGUCAACGUCGAGGAGCUGCUCACGAAGACUGGUCACGUGAUGUGGCAUACAGCAAUUACGUUGCAUCGAGGAGACAGCUUUGGGGUAGACAGACAACAGUCACCAUGUGGCGCUAAAUGUGCUCAAAUAUACUUUGGCGAACAGUCUCUGUUCCUAGAAGCGAACUGAGUCUGGUCGGUGAUAGUCUUCCUUCAAAAUUUGAGUCCUAACACAUUUUGCGCCACAUGGAAUCUGUUACGCUUAAAUGUUUUGAAUGACUUAUUGCCAAAAUUUCAUUUUUAAGUGUGCGUAGGGCCUCCUUUAUCAACAACGUAAACAACCACAACAACAAGAAACAAAUAGGGAGGUGGAGAAUGAAUACUGGACUUGCCUUGGGUUAGCAUUCUUUCGAUGAACGAUUCCGUCACCGUAUUCAGGGGCGGAUACAGGACAUUUUCUAAGGGUUGAUUUAGCUGAUGAUUGAUGUAAACAAUUUUUAUAAGUGAACAACGAAGAAGUAGGCUGAUGACAAGGUAAAUAACAUAAUAUGAACUGCUGAGAAUGCAGAGCAACCAAUACAGCAAAUUUUUUUUUAACCGUGAAGUAAUAUCAUAGACCCGUAAGUUAUCUGGCGAGAGGGGGUGCGUACCUCUUGCACCCAUCCGCAACAUCCGCCCCUUAUAGUCACGUACCAUAUUUUACCUUCUUACCAAGCUUUUCAAAACAUAUUUCACAGGCGAUUUGAUUUAACUUAUGUUCAGUCUUCUACUUCAUUGCCGCAAUACGAAUUUACAAAUGUGCAUGGUUUUGAUGUCUCUGUCAGGAUCUUCUCUCCUUUAUUAUCAAACUACGAGUAUACCCAGGAUUCUACUUAGUGUGAUUGGAAUGAGGCCAUUUAAAACUUGACUAAAGGGGACCUGCUUGUGGCACUUUUUCUAAUUAAUUUGUUGUACAUCCAAUCUUUAUGCCUAGCUUUAUGAUUGUGCUGCAAAUUACGUCUACCACGUGAUACAUAUGUGUUGCGUGUUUCACUUGUUCAUGGUCCGAGUUCACUCGGCUCGAAAAACGGCUUGCACUCUUCCAAUUUUGCUUCAUCUUGCAGGAACUUGCUCUUCUAAGAAACAUCAAAAGAACUGCAUCAGUGGUGGUGAGAGAGGACACGGAACUCCUGGUGGUAGAAAAAAAUGUGUUCUCUAAAACAUGCCCCAGAAUCUACGACAAAGAACUCUUUGACAAGAUUAAAUUUUGCAAGUAUGUGUAACGUCAAACAGAGAAAAACUCAUUGUAACUUGUUAAUGACAUCUUUGGGCUCCCUAAUAAAUUAUUUCAUUACUUCUCAUCAGUAACUCAUACUGACUCUUAAAAACCUGAUUUAACUGACGAAGAACUUGUUGCAUCUUAUAAGCUUGUUACUUACACAAUACUGAUUUAUGACAUCCUGUAUAAAGUACCAAUCAUAUGCUUCGUCGAUCUAUCUUCUAAGCCUAUGCUUUUUAUCUAAAACGACUUAAUAACCAAGAGUGAGGUCGUUACGGGAAAUCACAAACUGAGGCUAUUGUUCGGUCAAUACGGCUAAGUCAAGGUUUGAUUUUGAGAUUUGAGGUUUGAAAAAAGAACUCUGUCAAUGUCCAACCAAUUUGACCUAGCCCUUGGUUUUUACGCAUGUAUGGGCUAUAUAAAGUCUAACACAGAUGGCGAGAGCAAUUGAAAAUUUCCUUUCCAAAAUUCCACUCUACAAAAAAAAAACUGAUAUUUUACUUGGAUGAUUGAUAAAAUGACACACAUACAUAUGAAAUGAAAGGUCACGCCGUAAGUGUUCAAUUUUAUUGCGUGGAUAACCGGAAAGCCACAGCUUGCUAACUGCUUUAAAGAAACAAGAUUUCCAUUUCCUUUGCUUCCAGGAAAUGAUAGCCAUGAAUCAAAACGCCAUUUCACUCACGAAUUCUCCUGAAUCUUAUCUGUUGUAAUAAACUGUGAAGUGUCUGUAGUCAAAAUAGCAUGAUUUCAACAAGUUAGAGUUUGUGAUGACUCUGUUUACUAUCCGCGAUUAAAGUUUAAAUUUAAAGUUAUUAGCCAAAUUAAGCAUAUUUGGCACUUACUUUCAAUUUUGACUAGGACUCAGUGAACGCUUUGAGUUAAGCAUAAGUUGUGAAAUUUAUGAAAUGAUAGCCAUGAAUCAAAACGCCAUUUCACUCACGAAUUCUCCUGAAUCUUAUCUGUUGUAAUAAACUGUGAAGUGUCUGUAGUCAAAAUAGCAUGAUUUCAACAAGUUAGAGUUUGUGAUGACUCUGUUUACUAUCCGCGAUUAAAGUUUAAAUUUAAAGUUAUUAGCCAAAUUAAGCAUAUUUGGCACUUACUUUCAAUUUUGACUAGGACUCAGUGAACGCUUUGAGUUAAGCAUAAGUUGUGAAAUUUAUCAUGUAAAGCAAAGCAUUAUAGUGUCAGGGAAUGAUCUUAAAUACGAUUGAACUUAUUUUCGCGGCUGUUUUCCAAUCUCGCUGCGUUUUAUAUUCGCCACAAUUCUUAGAAGUAAGUCAGUUUUUAUGGGGAAAACUAACCUUUAUUUCAAUUGCAAGACUUUUAAAGACACCAGAGCUAUUUUCAAACUUUCGUGCAAUAGUUCACCACUGUGGUUUCAGACUAGUGUUCUCACCACAAAUUUUGCGUCCGAUCACACUGAAGUAACCAGUUUCGCCUUCAUUUUGCAUUUCACGAUUGUUCUUUAUAAAAUACUCGGAUUCUUGGUGUCACUUUAUUUGCUGUCGUCACUUUUCGCAUUUUUUAAGGUUUUACCAUAGAGGCGCGGUUACCUCAUGGUUAUUGCGCUCGACUCCGGGUCGAGUGUCCUGGGUUCGAGCCCUAGCCGGGGUCAUUGUGUUGUGUUCCUAGGCAGGACACUUUACUCUCACAUUGCUUCUCUUCACCCAGGUGUACAAAUAGGUACCGGCAAAUAUGCUGGGGUAACCCUGCGAUGGAUUAGCAUCCCAUCCAGGGGGAGUAGCAAUACUCCUAGUCGCUUCAUGCUAAGGAAACCGGAGUUAAGCUCCUGAUAACAAGACUAAUUCAACACCUAAAGGUCUGAGUCUGCGCUUAACUUCAUAUCAGUUGUAUAAAAGCAAUAGACUACAUUUUCUCGGGUUUUUUAAGAGCAAUUGCUGCACUUUCCAUCAGUUUACCGGCGUAAUAACCCGCCUGGGACUUGACCCACUUGACUGAGUACAUAGUCAUUACUCUUCACAACAUUCAAAUGGUUAAGAGAAGCAACGUCAGAACAUGCUACAGUGAUAAAAAGUGAGAGGAUUUUUUUUUCCAAAUUUCUUUUCAGAGGUUUAUCUUUUUUCAGACAUUGGGCAGAGGAGGCACUAAGAAACGUUUGUUUUGAGGCACAAAUCCAGGAGGUAGGCAAAACACUUUUGGUACUAUUGUGUAUAAUGACUGUAAGAAUAAGUUUCUAGAAAUUUCUAGAAUGCCUAGUCAUGCUGAUACACAUACCGUGGAAAUCUAUCAAACAUACUCUUAGGUCACGUAGUAAUAAUGUAAUUCUACCAAAAUGCUUAUGUUUUAAGCUUCCGGAAUGUUCUAGAAUGCUUUAUAAAUGCAUGUAAGGACUCAGUCGUGUGAUAGUAGGUGGUUGUUGUUGUUGUCGGGAGUGACCGACUGUCUGGAAAGCUAUACCGAGAGGGUAGAAGUACUGUGUUCGUUUCAAGAAGAUUUGAAGAUAACUGUGAAUUUGUGUCAGUGGUGACCUUAGUUAUAGUUUGUAGUGGGCUUAAGUAAGUUUAUUAAGGAUAAUAACGGUACAGCUGUUAGGAAUCGCUCCUUAAUAAGAAUAUUAAACAUUGUUUAACAAAGUAGUAGGAUUUUUGAGAGUAUAGCCUCCUUUUCAUUGGUUAAAUUAUACCGUAACAGUACAUAACAGAUAAAAGAAAUCUCUCUCACCUAACCGUCUUUUACUUUCAGUGGAAAUCGAAUAAGAUAAUCGUGAAAGACAGCAGUAAAGAGUUGGAAUGGAUUUACCUCUGUAUGCAGGUAAUUUCUAUCGUAUCAGUCAGACAAAACCAAUCAGUCAGUCGCUUAUUCAAUUUGUAAGCAGACAGUUUUUGAGCUAGACAGCUGGCAUUAGAGCGAGCGAGCUAAUCGUCAGUCACUCGGUCACUAAGUCGCUGAAUUAUUCAGCUUCCUACAUUCCUUCAUUCAGUCAGUCAGACACUUAGUGCGUCAGUCACUCAGUCUAUCAGUCAAUCACUCACGAUCAGUUAAGCAGGCUCUCAGUCGGUUAGCUACCCACUCAGUCAAUCGAUGGAGUUUCAACUUAUGGCUUGCGAGCAGGCUUUCAUCAGCGCUGCAACACGAGUUUCUCACCCCCGGGCGAAGUGAGCGUACAAGAGGUCUAUGAGGGAUCCCGCACUCAAAAUGAGAGCUGGUGACGCCAAAGUUCUCGAAUACAGUGGCAGUAAUAUAAUCGGUGAAAAAUGACAGAGAACAGCGAGUUAUCGACAAUCAAAUGCAAGCGUCGCUUCCGGUAAACCAAACUUUGAAUCUGUGCCCGACUUCUAGAAAAUAAUUAUUAUCGAAGCAAAACAUGUAGUCGAUAUACCAGACGAUUGUUCUUUAUCAACUAUACCAUGUUCUUACUGUGUGGCACCUGACCGGCCCAUUGAAAGAAUUUGCAGUGGCUCUUUCGACAUUUUAGGUAAAUCCUCCAAUGAUAUUUCUCGAACUUGGAUUCGCGCAACUUCAAAUGUUUGUUGCAGAAGCAUUUCAGAUUAUCACGAUUGCAUUUGUACCAAUCUGGUAUCUGGUCUUGGACAUUUUGUAGGUACCGAGGAGCCUCUUGCGGACUUGAGAACAAGCAACAAUCGCCAUAAGGAAAGACCACAAACUCCCAUCCCGUCUUGUAACGAUGAAUACAUUGUUGUUCAUAAUCAGAAACAUACAAACUGUUAUUCUUGCAAUCUCUUACACAAUGGCCCUCGCUUUUAUUACCAGGGCAAAUGUUCAGUAAUUAAAGCACUUGAUCUGCGCGUUUCACCCAAGCCAACCCGUCUGAAGAGAGUAACGAACGAUGACAUUUAUUUUCCUUCCGGCGUACUGAGAAGAAAGCGUAGAACCCAGUCUGAUCCGUCCAAAAUUUGGAGAAAAGAACUGAAAGAGAGUUUGAAAACACCAUUUAGCUUUAAUGAAAAUGAAACGGUGGAUGAAAAUCAGGAGGAUAAUGAAAGGCAAGUAAAUAUUUUCUUAACCUGUAAUCUAUUUAUUUUGUGCAUCAGUAUUUACAAAUGAAUUGGAUACAGACAAUACAGCUAAUAUGUCAGUGAUCAAGGAAGCUCUAAUUGUUUAAUCAGCGAGACGUCCACUAAGUCAGAAAUACAGUGAGUCAUUCUUUCCGUCAGCCAUUUCGUAAUGGUAAUAGGACUGAAGGGAAUCCAGUUUGGUCUGUGAUCAUACGAGUUAAACAAAAUCGGACGACGGCACAGCGGGAGUUCGAUUUGUUUUUCACGAGUUUAUAAUCAUAAAAAUUACAAUUUUCGAGAAAAGAGGAAUAGCCAAAUUAUGAAAGAAAGGGAAAAUGUGCAUCAAAAGACUGACAAAGGAGACGUUAAUUGUUUAAUUUUGUGAUUGGUUGAUAUAUAGUACAACUUUGAAUGCGAUUGGUUGAUUUAAACUAACUUUGAAUGUGAUUGGCUCGUUGAACUGUCCGAUAAAAAGCUGUCGAAUAAAAACUUGACAACCCAGACAAUUAUUAAAAUAGAUAAAACCAAAAUUUAAUUCUACAUUUUCUUACAACUCCUGACUGUCGACACUCUGCAGAACUUCCAUGUCAGAAUCUGAGUGGUCUGAUUCAGAAGGUGAGAUUGCAGGAGCUGAAAGGAUUUUGGAGGUGAUGGACGUGCCAUAUAAGGAUGCACCUCACGCUAAGGGAGACACCGAUUAUAUCGUCAAUGAAGAAGAUGAGGAUGAUAAAGCGGAAGUGGAAGCUGAAGUCCAACAACCUGUAGUCCAAACUGCCCCAUCUGAGCUAGAAAGACGAGAUAAGAGGGCAUCGGAGAGUUUUUCUGAGCUGAUAGAAACUGAAUCAAAAGCAGGAAAACUGAAUAAAGACGUGGUUUACUUAAAUAUAGCAUCGUUAAAGAACGGCGACAUCUUCGUAAGUAAAAGAAAACUAAUUUUGUUAUUUGUUCUUUCUGCGUAGUUCGGAUUUAUUUCAAGCACGCGCGAGCGAUAUUAAUCGAUUGUUUGGUAAGAUAUGCACGUCAUGCAAUGAACUAUCAAUUUAGAUACCUUAGUUUUGCUACCUUUACUUUAGUUUUCAACAUGGAGCGAAGUAACUUAUGUUGGGAGCGAAGUCACUUAUUUGACGGAGCGAUCUAACUUUUGGUUAGAGCAAUCUAACUGGGAGCGAUCUAACCAUGGUGUGAUCUAACUGUAAUUCAGUCAGAACCAGACCGCAUAGCUCGCAAAUGGCUAUUGCUUUGAUUAUUUUUUAAGAAAAAUGUUUCAAAAUUGACUAAAGUAAUCGCGUUGGGAUGGAAAAAGAGAAUCGCGACCUUGUUACCUCGUCAGAGGCUUACUAUGAAUGGCACUGGCAGUGAAAUAUAUGUUUGGCUUGUCAGACUGUUCAAUCACUACCCUACCACAACCAGAUUUAUUUACCAAAUUGAGAGGACUCAUGGCUCAAGCAACGUAAAUCAUAUAUUUUGUUCAUGGCUUGCUGAAAAAGCUGCACAAUAAUCUCCAGCCACAUUUUGCUUUUUCUUUUGGGUUAGCUACUGUAUCAUUGAUAAGUCAUUAAUAAGUCAAGAUAAGUCAUUCCUCAAGAGGUUCUAACCUUGCUCACGUAUAAAUUUCACGUCGUGAAAUGCUCUGCAAAACCGCUUAUGUCGUUUUCAAUUAAAAAUGGUUAAUUGAAAAAGAAAGAGAAUCAUACUAAUCAUACUACAGGCACUUUGCGAAAACUAUGUGCUUCGUCACCAAUGUGGCUGCCAGAAUUUAGAAUUUUUAAAGAGAGGAGUCUUUUUAGUAAGACAUUUUGGCUUAAAAAAAUUAGCUCCUCGUUCGAAACAGCCAGAAACAAAGUCAGCUUGAGGCAUUCCACGGCUUUCGGUCAUCGAUUACGUUUGACACCAAUACAGCGAUGACAUGUAUUUGUGCUUCGAUUACCACCAGGUGGCCUGCAUAUAACGAGAGGUGGUCUGAAUGAGUCCGAUACGCGCCUUCCUGAGUUAAGCUGCACUUUAACUGCCUUUUGUGAUAGGUCCAAAUUCUACAACAACUUGGUCAAGCCCGUUUUAUCCUAGAUCUGGGUUUACAUAUCAAAGUCCUCCUUCCUCGUCGGGCUGUAUUAUUUGUAAUCCUUGUGAACAUUUCGGUGCGACUUAACAAGUACUUUGAUAUUUCAAUUUUCAUAAUUUCUUCCUCUAAACCUUUACUAGUACAUCCAAGUUUUGGAAGUAGAAUUUAGUUCGUUGUACGGUGAUUCUGUUUGCAGGAUGUCUCUGAGGUUCUCAGGCCGACGGGGCGAAGACUGAUGCUCGUCAGCAAAGGGGCGGUCAUGUUAAGAAUUAGAAGGGAUGACUUUUUCCGCUACUCUUCCAAGACGACGUUAAGGGUGGCCAGAAAAAUGGUGCAAGAGCUAGAGUGAGUAUCAAUAGUUUUGCGAUGAAGUGACUGUAUAUAGAAAUUGUUGGCUUGAUGCUUUUAUCCUCUCUUAAAGCCUGUACAAAUUUCUCUGUUUGCUCUGUUGUUUUCCAAAAGUGCAGGAAUGAUACAAAUAAGUUAUUCGCUAGCCAAGUCAGCCAGGAGGUCCGUAUUGAGAAAAACUGUGCCCUUUUUCCACUCAAGAAAAAGAACACGAUAUUUCCCAAUACUAACCGACCUAGGCUGGAGAAUAACAUUUUCAUUUUUUUUUUCUAAAACUCAACGAAACUCUUGCUAAAAGAACCCGAAUGAUUUAGGGCUGUAAUUACGUCAAGAUCCUCUCGAAACUGAACAUUUUUUGAGCGAAUGGAUGGUACUGAAAACAGAGGUAAUGCAUUUUUAAAACAUCUCUGUUUACGUGAUGAUAAAGGUGAUUUACAAGUAUCUGUCACGAUCUGUCAACUAGAAAGCGCGAUAGAUAAAAAGCGCAUAUACAGUUUUAAAAAAAUCAUCGGGAAUGAUUUGGCAUACAAACUCAACUUCAAUGACUGUCGCGACAAUUUUAAUACGGCUUUUUAUCAUAUCUUCUAGUUUCUGUUGUGUAAUUUACGUUCUAAAUGUCCAGAUUUAACCUGGUAAGGUUUACAAAAGUGUAUUUAUAAAAGAGCUCAAAAAUAACUGUUUUACGCCAAACAAAUUGUUUAGGAUAGUUCAGAUAUCAAAUAAAUGAACGUUCCAUCGAUUUAUUCAGUUAUGAAAAAACACCUUACGUUUUGACAUUAUGAGUUACUUUUUGUAAAAGACUAAAAAUAAUUGUCAACGGUUUUAAGGCCAGGCGUCAACCAUUUAACUUUUUACACCGUAACAUCAGAAUGCAUAUUCUUCAUCUUCAUACUGUCCUUUAUACGUUUCCAAAGAGGCUGACAAGGAGAAUUUGUUUAACAAUGAAGAGCUGCUUUAGUCGGUGAUCAUCUCCGCUAUUCUUAUGACUUUCAUGUUUGUUUCAGGGAUGAUACUGUAAGGAGAAAUUAGAUGCUAGUCACUCUUAGGGGUUAAAGGGUUAAUAGCACAUCUGAUACCACAAAUUUAUUUGAAAGAGAGAGAAAAGAGAGGAAUGAUGAGUUAUUGAUCGGCUUAAGGUCGUAAACGACGUAUUCACUUAUGAAUACUGCCCAGCCGGCAAAACGGAAUAUAUUUAUAAGCAAUGACAACGAAGCUAGGAACUCGGCGAUUCACGAAAGGAAAAUUCGGACCACGCUAAGAACCAAUAAGACUGCAGGAUCCUUUUCCGUGCCCUCUGAGAAAAGUAUAAUACCUCAUUAUCUGUUUUCAACACGAACUAUUUUCUCUAUGGUAACUGGUCAGAAUAAAAGGUAAAUUGCGAACUGCAGAAAAUGUAUAGAUUUAGCCAAGCCUAGAAGUGGAGCUCCCGUUAGUCUAUUUUCUAUUAGACCUCCUAAUGGGCUGUUGAAGAGGUUAGGCAAGGAAAAUUAGGACUAACGCUCGAAUCUUCGGAUUUACAAACUCUCUAUGAUGGCCAAUUUACAUUAUCAAGUCAGUUGAUAAAGCCAAAUUAUCCUCACAUCUAUUAGCCUAUGACAAGCCUCUGUGUAAUGCCUUACCGUGUGUGUGUGCGGUAACUUCACUGGAAUUCGGCAUUCGUGUAUGCGUUUUUCAUCAUCUUCUACCAGUGUUUCUUGGCGCACACGAAUGAGAUUUCCAAUUAAUGCACCCAAUCCAUUACCUUGUUCCUUUCCCUUCUACUUCCAUAAAGCCCAUUUUUGUACCCACAAUGCAAUUGGCCGCGCAUGCUAGAAGUAGCGCCUUUUGCAUACGGUCACACUCUCCAACCCCUAUCAUUUUCUUUCGGCUUGAUCUGCUACUGUCAUUUUUUACUUCGCUUCGCUUUUACUUCGCCGCAAGCUCGCCAUUAAUAAAGAUAAUAGGCCUGAGUGGAGUCCAAUUCGGUCUGUAAUCAUGCGAGUGUUACAAAAUCGGACGACCGUGAAGCGGGAGUCCGAUUUGUUAAUCACGACUAUGUUUACGGACAGAAUUGGACGACACGAAGUCCUGUUACAAAUUAAUCAUAACCAUUAUAAUUUCCGACAAAAAAUACAUCUAGAAAAUAAAUCUCCAGUGAAGACAAUGUAUAAAGUUAAAAUUCCUCCAAUUUGGAAAUUCCCCAGUUUUUCAUAGAAUAUGUGGUUGUUGCUAUGGUUCUUGUGAUCGAUUGUUUGAUUGGUGGAUUUAGCUGAGUGAACUCAGUACGAUUGACCGCUUUAACUGUCCGAUUACACUGUGCGAUUACAACUACACAAAAUCAUUAGUGAAAGAUAAAACAGUUAGUGCUCCAAUCAUAUUGAAGGAAAUUCUUGUUCUGACUGAUUAACAGCAAUUUUUCAGUUUUUCGCUUCAUUUCAGCUUCUACCUCAUCGUUCAAGAAUUUCCCUUGCGAAUUUGUUUCAUCUAUUAUUUCAGUUCAGCCGUUAGGGAUAGGUUCUCAUAAAAAGCAUGAUCAAUUUUCGCAAAUUUCAAAAUAGCUUUCUUUAAUAUAGGAGAGAUUAAAUUAAUUCUUUCCUACAGCAAUGAAAAUUGUGUUUCAAUUUAGCAAUAAACCAAUAUUUAUGAAGAACCUGGGUCUUUGCAUGAAAUAUUGCGGCUUUACAUGCUAAGAAAUGGCAUUUAAUCAAGCUCAACGCGGUUGUGUGAAAAAUCCACUACAAUUUUUUUUUCAAGAUAAAAACCUCACGUAAUCAUAAUACAAGAUCGUAUUUUGCACUCGGCCUCUGGAGUGCAGUCCGUGUUUCUUAUUUUAGUCCCCGCUUUCACCCGGUUCCUUGCUCGUAGUCUACAUUCUGUAUUUAUGUUUUACAUUGGGAUGAAAAGCAAGAAAAUUAAUUCUCGUUUAAUACUUGCCCGAUAAGUAAAGAAACAUUCCUUACCGACAAGAGUUAGUAAUUCCAAACCCACGUAUCUUUGAAUCCAUUCCCUCCUAAGUUAAUCCGAAGGAUCGAAUAACUAAGAAAAAGCGCUCAGCGAAUGCUGCGACAAAUCUAGAUUUACGAAGCCACGGUUAAAACGAGACGUAAUGUAAGGCAAGGGAAAUCGAAGAUGAAAUCUCUUCUGGUACCCAAUUUUAAUUGACAAAGAGCAGUAUAACUUUUAAAACCAAAAAUUUGUUCCUACAUUGUUUUUCCUGGACUAGGGAAUUUUUCUUGCCAAGGUAAAAAAAGAAAAAGUCAUCCGGCACAAGAGUUACGCCACCUAUUAUACAUAGUGACUAAUACGAAGUCUGACUUAAAUUUCAUCUCCAUUUCAGUUAUCCUUCUGAGGACAUUAUCUAUCGCUCUUACAACGAACGUUGUGCGUGGGAACAGGUAAAAAACACACAACUUCAUUCUACUAUGAACAGCAUACAGGAGAAAUGUAUACGACACAUUAAGUCGUUCAAACAAGGCACACCUGGGGCAAAGAAACCGUUGACACCAGCUCGGUUUUCUCGCGGUCAAUCGAACGAGGAAGAGUUCGAUCAGUAUCUGUCAUUUGUAUAUGACAGCCACAAGGUUCCCGGAGAUGUCUUCGAAUCAGCUUCAUCUCCAUUUAGGAAGUCGACAAACGAGCAUUUGACUAGUAGUACAUUCAGAAAACGUACAUCUGGUGUGAAUGCAGGACAACCGAACAUAUCAAGAAAAGUUACUUUCAGCCCUUAG